UGUACGCUUUACAGGAGCAUGUCAGCAGCCGCGCUGACACAGCUGCAGUUGUGAGAGACCGGUACACAUCAGAGAGCAGGAGGUGGGACUGGAGAGCAGAUGACCUAGGAAAAGGUGGAAGUGUGCUUCCAGACAGACGGGAUUGGCAAAUGGAGCCGCCACAGCAGAUCAGAGCGCAGCGCAGAGGAAGAUGAUCAGCCGGGGCUUUCGGCGCUCUUACUUGUUGUUUGGAGUGUGAAGGUUCACUGCCUGAAGUCAGUCUGGAGUGUCCGUCAAGUCUGAUGUGAGAAAAAACACGUGCCUUUUUUUAUCUUUCUUUUUAAAGAAGCUUUAGCCACAGGUGUAAUUGGGUGUCUGUGUUGCACAACGGAACUGAGCUGAACUCCUUGUGGCGAGUGAAUUUCUGACUAAAGACAUGGGGGAAAUUUGCUCUGACCCUUUUGGUCCCACUGCCUUGUCAACUCAUAGAGUUCGAUCCGCUUUCAUUUAUCUUUCUGCUGAGAAGCAAGCAGGAGCGACCAUCCUGGCUCGUAACAUAUUCCAUAUUGGCGGCACCGUGGCUGUACCACAAAAAUGCAGACUUACACAAAUUGUGGAGCGAUGCAUGAGCGUGAUGCAGUCAGGGACACAGAUGGUGAAGCUGAAGGCAGGAUCCAAAGGGCUGGUGAGGCUUUUCUACCUGGAUGAGCAUCGCUCCUGCAUCCGCUGGAAACCUUCACGCAAGAGUGAGAAGGCCAAGAUCACCAUUGAUUCGCUGUACAAGGUGACAGAGGGCGGUCAAUCAGACAUCUUCCACAGGCAUGCAGAUGGCGGCUUCGACCCGGCCUGCUGCUUCACUGUGUAUCAUGGAAAUCACAUGGAGUCCCUCGAUCUGGUGACAUCUAACGCCGAGGAGGCCAGAACCUGGAUAACUGGCCUCCGCUACCUGAUGGCGGGGAUCAGCGAUGAGGACUCGUUGGCCAAGCGGCAGCGUACUCAUGACCAGUGGAUGAAGCAAACGUUUGAGGAAGCUGAUAAGAAUGGAGACGGCCUACUUAACAUGGACGAAAUCCACCAACUUCUUCACAAGCUGAAUGUCAAUUUGCCACGCAGGAAAGUCAAGCAAAUGUUUCAGGAAGCAGACACAGAUGAUAAGCAAGGCACACUUACGUACGAGGAGUUCUCCGUCUUCUACAAGAUGAUGUCUCUGAGGCGGGACUUGUUCCUGCUGAUGAUGGCAUACAGCGACAGGAAGGAUCACCUGACAGCAGAAGAGCUUGCCAACCUCCUGCGCGAUGAGCAGAAGAUGGCCAAUGUGACUUCAGAGUAUGCUGCAGAUAUUAUCAACAUGUUUGAGGUGUCUGAUGAGAAUAAAAAAAAAGGCGUUAUGGGGAUUGAAGGUUUCACAAGUUUCAUGCGCAGCCCCACAUGUGACAUUUUCAACCCUUUGCACCACAAAGUGAACCAAGACAUGGACCAGCCUUUGUGUAACUACUUCAUCGCCUCCUCUCAUAACACCUACCUGACCGGAGACCAGCUCCUCUCCCACUCCAAGACUGACAUGUAUGCCUGGGUGCUGCAGUCCGGCUGCCGCUGUGUGGAAGUGGACUGCUGGGAUGGUCCUGAUGGAGAGCCAAUGGUCCAGCACGGCUACACGCUGACCUCCAAGAUAACAUUCAAGUCCGUCAUAGAGACCAUUAAUAAAUAUGCCUUCGUAAAUAACAAAUACCCAGUGAUCCUCUCUAUAGAGAACCACUGUAGCAUCCAGCAGCAGAAGAAGAUUGCGCAGCACCUGCGAGACAUAUUUGGAGACAAACUGGAUGUGGGAGAUGUACUGAGGAGAGACUUCAAAACAUUACCCAGUCCUCACAGCCUGCAAGGGAAGAUCCUCAUCAAAGGGAAGCGGCUGCCUGCCUAUCUGUCUGCAGACGCUGAGGAAGGGGAGGUGUCUGACGAUGACAGCGCCGAUGAAAUUGAGGAAGACUUCAAACUCAAGAGCAGUAAUGGCAAUGGCCAUCACCAAGUGGAGUCUCACAUCAGAAAAAAACUGGACUCUCUUUUGAAGGAGUCUCGGAUCGGAGAUAAGGAGGAUACUGACAGCUUCAGCAUCAGAGCUCUGCUUCGAGCCACGCACCAAGGCCUUCAGAAGAACCUGCGGCAGAGCUCCAAAGGAGUUCUGAAGAAAUCUCAGAGCAGAUCCUUCAUCACGACGCUCAAACAGAAGAGGCACUCCAAAUCCAGACUGUCCUGCCAAAGCGUGGACAAGGAAGAAGAUGUGCAGGAAAAGUCUGGGAAGGAAGCAGGGGGACAAUUCAACAGGGGUGGAAGGAAGAGGAAGACGAUGAAAUUGAGCAGAGAUCUCUCAAACCUGGUGGUGUUCACCAACUCUGUUGCCUCGCAGGAGUGCCUAAAUGAAGGUACUCUAAGUGACGUUUUGUCAUUCAGUGAGACCAGAGCACAGUCUCUGGUCAAUCACAGGACCGAGCAGUUCCUGGCUUUUAACCAGAGACAGCUGUCGCGGAUUUAUCCCUCAGCCUAUCGUAUCGACUCUUCUAAUUUCAACCCUCAGUUCUACUGGAAUGUGGGCUGUCAUUUGGUGGCCCUCAACUAUCAGACAGAGGGGAGGAUGAUGCAGCUCAACAGAGCCAAGUUCAUGGUGAAUGGAGGUAUCGGCUACGUUCUUAAGCCUCCUCCCAUGUGUCAAGGCUCCUUCAACCCAUUCAGUGAUGACCCACUUCCAGCUUACCCCAAGAAGCAGCUCAUUCUCAAGAUCAUUAGUGGGCAGCAGCUGCCCAAACCACCAGACUCCAUGCUGGGAGACCGCGGAGAGAUUAUCGAUCCUUUCGUUGAAGUGGAGAUCAUUGGUUUGCCAGUUGACUGCUGCAAGGAGCAGACGCGAGUAGUUGAUGACAAUGGUUUUAACCCAGUUUGGGAGGAAACUCUGUCCUUCACACUUCAUAUGGCUGAGGUGGCACUUGUACGUUUCCUUGUCUGGGAUCAUGACCCAAUUGGACGGGAUUUUAUAGGUCAACGGACGGUUGCCUUCAGCAGCCUGAUGCCUGGUUACAGACAUGUUUACCUGGAGGGGCUGACUGAGGCUUCCAUCUUUGUGCAUGUGUCAGUGCAUGAUGUUUACGGGAAGUGGAGCCCACUAGUCCUGAAUCCCAGCUUUACCAUAAUGCACUUUUUAGGAGCUAACAAGGGCCAUCAGCUACGAGGUAUCCGGGGUUUCUUCAACCGUUCCUCCAAGUCCUCUGUGGACGCAAACUCCACUGGUCUUCGUAAACGCUCCAUCAGUGAUCACCUCCUGCGUCGCACGGCCAGCGCCCCGGCAAAGGGACGGAAAAAGACCAAGAUGGCGCUAUCAGAGUCAGUGGCUUCGAUAUCUGAGCAUAAGAACGGCAACGGUGCGGGGCCAGGAGGGGAGGGAACGUCAGGAAAGGAAGGAGGGGCAGAGAAACGCCACCCUCGACCCGCUCUUAUCCACAGACCUAUCUCCAUGCCGUUAGAUAGGCUGCUACAAGGGCAGCUGUGCCUCUCCUCCACAGACAAUGAACAGCGUGAUGCAGGGACAGAUACUGUCAUUGGAGCUUGCCCAUUUGACAGGCCCAGAUCUUCCUCUGUGGACUUUCACAUUGAAUCAUCACCAUUCUCAGUUAAAUCAAGCAUGUCUCCCCUUACUAAGAAUAAUGAAAACAAAAAAUUUGAGGAGCUAGAGGAAGUUUCUUAUCUGGUUAUUGGGGCUGGAGAAGCAAUCAAGGAGGAGGAUUAUGUCAACUACCAGUCAGAAUGCAGCAAAUCAAAGUACAUCGCCAAAGGAACAGAGAAAAACGGUUGCAUCUCACCCUUAAUAGAUGGUCGGAUGAGAUCCGAUAAACCAGAAACAUCGUCAAAUAGUACAACCUUCACCGUUGCAACUUCGGCCUCCUUGUCUUCCUCCUAUACCACCUCAUCUGUGGCCCCUAUUUGUUCUGUCAGAAUGGACUGUGAUCUGAAGAGUCCCUGCUCUUUACAUGAUAGCACCAUCUCAAGACUCAUUGACGCCGUUUCCUUAAACCAUGAGCAAGACUCGUGUGGCUCUAUUUCUGCUCUGAUUGGUCAGUUUGAAACCACUGAUAACCAAAACCACAUCUCCGCAUUAUCUCAUGAUACCCCCCCUUCCCACACUGUAACAUUCAAGCCUGCCAUGCCUCGCGCACUGGAGGAUAUAGGUUCUCCUGUCAACACUAAAACAUCAUCUCCUUAUAGGAAACUCCUCACAAGUCCACAGAAGAUUGUUCAAAAGUCAAAUCAUGUAAAUAGUGAGAUUUGUUUAGUGGAAAAGAUCUCCCAAGCAGGUACUGCUCCAGCCCUCAUGUCAAGCCCAGAAACCACUGAGGUUGAGGACGUCUAUACCAUUCUGGAUGAGGAGGUUUUGUUACCUGUGUCAGUGUACAACCUGAAGAAACAGGCGCUUCAUGUUCAGGCAGACACCAGCAAGAGCACACCUUCAAGCAGUUUGGGGUCCUCUCCAGCAAAGGCAAUUCAAGGUAUAGGUAAAGGGCACAGUGUGGGCUGGAAUAAUGCGGACAGAAAUACGGACAUGAGUGUAGACAUUGAAGAGCCAGAAGAAAGGGUAUAUGAAGAGGUGACUGACCCCCCAUCAAUAUUAUCUGAAAUGGAGCAGAGUACUUCUAAAAGGUACUUGAGCUCCUCUUCAAACAACAAAUGCCUCCAGAUUCUCCACCAUUCAGCUGGAGAGGCGUUUAGAGAAGUGGAGCUGAAUGUGGAUGAGGAUCCGCUGGACCUUAUGCUGACUUCAUCAAGACAUGACAACCACUGGGAGGGGCUUUUGAGUCCAUCCAAACGCCAUGCUAUUUACCAGAAUCAUGAGUCCCCUCCCAGCUACUCCCAACAACAAAAGCCAACUUUGUCAUAUGCGCAAGUCCAGUACUCAACACAUUCCUCUCUUGCAGUAUUUACACAAAGUCCAACAGUGAAUCAUCUCUCUCAUCAAUUGUCCAAUCACCAUCGGCAACAGGACCACUCCCAAGCUCACCUUUGCCAAAGAUAUAUCAUGUCUGGAACCUCCAACCCUGCUCCGCUGCAUCAGAACAGCUACCCCAAAUCUCAGAGGACCCCUGAAGCCCUCAAUAAUAGCAGAGAUCUUAACAUUCCCUUCACACAGCAGAGGAGCUAUAGUGGUAGCCAUAUCCUACAUAGACGUAAUCAAGACAGGCCAGGAUAUAAGGAGAUAGAUAGCGAGCAGAUGGGGUGCUUCUACAAUGGGUUUUCUCCUCUUGAAAUCCCCCCAGGUCAGUCUUCUGUAUCUGUAAACAUCUCUAGAGACAGAGGCCUAUAUUCCCCCAGUUCCGAAUGUGAAGCAGUAUACAACCACCCGGACUAUGACUGCUUUAUGCCACAGUCUUCAGCUUUUAAAGACAUACAACCACAUACCCGAAGUCAAGAAAAAAUGUAUGGCCUUAAACAGUCUGGAAAACAUAAGGCUCCCCUCAUAAAUAGCAAGCAACAUCCACAAGUUGAAAGCAAAGCUUCACUGCACUCAAAUGUAGGAUCUUUAGGAGCUCCUCUCCAGUUUAUUAGCACAAGCCCCCCAGCCUCCAGCCCAUGCAAGUCCAAGUCCUUGGGAGAUUUGACCUCUGAAGACAUAUCAUGCAACUUUCAGGGCAAGUACCAUAUUAUUAGUCGCAGUUUUGUCACUCCCCAUUUGAGGAAGCAAAAGCCUGUAGGCGCUGCAGGGGAAGCAACGUUUCGCUCACAGUCUUGUGAUCCACUUACAGAACAGCUUCGUCGGCUGGUGAGCCUAGAGGGAGAUGAAAGAGAUGGAGAAAGCCUUCAGUCCCCUCAGUCGCGCCAGGAAGCAAAAUCCCAACUGUCACAGCAACAAGCAGCAAAUAUAUCACCCGCUGUUCCUAGAGAUAUUGAUGAUUCUCCCCCAGUUCUUACCCGUCGCCUGUCUUCUCGUAGCCAGAGCCGAGUACGUCACAUCAACAGUCGUGCCCGCGAGAGACAGCAAGAUGCUCUUAAGCCUCGGCCAGGGGUGGUGAUCAAUAGUACUUCCAGCAUUAGUGGGGUGGUACUGAGGAAUAAACCAGCCUCACAGAAUCCUCCAGUCAACAGACACUCCACUGGUUCUUACAUAGCAGGCUACCUUGGUGACCUGGAGGACAGGGGACUUCCUGAAGGGGCUUGCUCAUCAUUGCAUUAUACCAAUGGGGACAGUUAUGGAGAUCGGUACUACACAGAUGACUCUCUCCUGCCUACAAGUCCAUCCCACUCAGCCUCUGAGCCCGAGGUCUACUUUCUUCUAAGACUGUAGCUUGAUGUGGAAUUAGGGACCAAACAGUCUUCUUGAAUGAAGUUCGAUUAUGCCAAAAGCCAGAUAACAGAUAAAAGAAAUACUUGGAAAUGUUUGUUGGCAUGAUCAUUCACUCAGAGAUUUUCCUCUCAAAAUGAAAUAUCUUUCAUUCCAGGCUGUUUUUAGUCCAUUCAAUAUGAUAUACAGUAAGAGCAUCAUCAUAUAUAAUCCAUAGUUGGACAUGACAGCAUGAAUUUCCUGUAUGAAAUGUCGAGUAUUCAGUAGUGAAUGAUCUAGGUGGUUAUGUAUUGUCUAUAUUUUGCAUAAUGUGUAAAUGUACGUGGGAACAUUAAGUGUUUCAGAUGGCUUACUGGAUUGAUUGUACAGUUUCUUGUUAUCCUUGUCCUUGUGUUGUACCGUCCAAUCUAUGUACAAUGAUUAUGAAGCAAAAAAAAAAAGAAGCAAGAAGCAGAGAGGGAAUGUCUUUAUUUGUAUCAUUUGAAUGUGUUGUAUGAUCAAACAGCUUCUAAUAACAGUUGAAAUUAUUUUUUUUCGUGACCAAAAGUAUGUCUGCCUCCUUUCUUGGAUGGUAUUUCCUUUUUUGUGUUGCUUCCAGAUAUCCCUGACAUGAUUUUUUACAUGGGAAGACUUUUAGUUGAAUAUCAGUUUUAAUUGUACAUCAAUGUACGUGCAUGUUACAUGUGAACAUGUCAAGCAUGACUAUGCACUGGUUUAUAUGACAUAUGUUGCAUUACCCUAACACAUUUGCACAUAAAAAAUAGAAGACAUUCUGUAGGCUUGUUUGUAUUGUCUGCAAUGCAUAAAACUCGUGUGCUCGGACUUGUUGCUCUUUACGAUUUGUAGAAUUUUAAAAUGUGAUGACAAACUUAAAAAAAAGAAAAAAACAGAAAAUUGGAGUUUAAAGGUUUUUAUUUUUAUAAUUGCUUUGAUACACACCAACAAAAGUACUCUCUUGUUUGUUCUGGUUAUUUAGUUUCGUGCAACUUAAUGGACUGAACAAACAAAGUGAAAAACUACACUGGGCCAGGCUGAGGAUGGGGAGCAAGCAGAGCAUGGUUUAUUUUAUUUUUGUUUUAAUUUUUGUUUUGUUUUUGAUUGUCAGUGGCACACCAUCCUUUUUUCUUAGUAUUGCUGCUCAUGAGAAAACAUGAGCAUUUUCCUAUCAAU